AUGCCUGUUAGACAUUUUUCAAGAACUGGUUCUCAUAGAAGAGCUAUGAUGAGAAACUUGGUUACUUCAUUAAUUGAACAUGAAUCAAUCAUUACAACUCAUGCUAAAGCCAAAGAAACUCAAAAGUUAGCAGAUAAAUUAAUAUCGCUAACCAAGAAAGAUAACAUAACCCAAGCAAAAGUUGAUGCUGGAGAAGAUCUAUUCAAACUCAAGACUACAAUCCCAAAAUUAUUUCAAGAUUUACGUACUCGUUUUGCUAAAAGAGAAGGUGGGUUCACAAGAGUGCUACGUUUAGAACCUCGUUUAGGUGAUCGUGCUGAACAAUCCAUUGUGGAGUUAGUUGAUGGUCCAAAAGAAAUGAAAUUAUGGAUGACUGCUAGAGUUGUUGCAAGAUUACAAUUACAAAAUUUACCAGUCGAUGAUUUAACUCAACAUAAUGUCAAUAAAUUAAUACAAUUUAGAGCCGGUGGUCAAGAAGAAUUUGAUGCAUUAGUGGAAAGAUGUAAGAAAGAAUUUUAUAGAGAUGGUAAAUCUGAAGAUUUGAAGAAUUUACCUCCUCCAGCUGAAAAUAUGAGAAAACCUUAUACUGGAUACAAAUUAGUCAAAGGUUUCAAAGUCAUGCCUCGUCCAACUAAAGAAUAG